AGCCGAGCGGCGGCGGGGGCGGCAGUCGGGCUCGGCGGCGGCGAGCGGGGCCGGUGCUGUCCGCGGCGCUGCGGGUGCUGAAGGGCGGGCGCCCCGCGCCGCCUCCCCGCGGCGCCUCGGGGCCGGGCGACUUGCUCGCCGCGCCUGGACUCGGCGGGAAGCGCCGCGCCGGGAACUGCUUCGAGUUUUCUCCGGACUAGCUGACUCCCUGGCCGGAUCGCGGCGGGUGCGCUUUUGGCUUGGUUGGACGAAGAAGUAUUCCUCUCUUUGCGAUUCUUGCACGGGGACCCGGCGGUUUGUUGGUUGGUUUUUUUUUUUUUCCCCUUGCGGACUUUAGUGACUUUUGGAUAAGGAACAGACCUGUAAAGAUGUUUAUGUGGUGGUCAGCUGUUUUACUUCUCGGAUGCAUUUUGCUGGGAGCAGACGGGUGGCCAGCCAAGGAAGGAUACGACUUUAGGCCCUAUCAGCCCCUAGUAAGAUUACGCCACAAGCAGGAAAAGAACCAGGAAAGCUCAAGAAAUAAAGGGUAUAUGGGUCAAGAUGGCCAUUUUGGAUCCUGUGAAAACAAGUACUGUGGUCUGGGUAGACACUGCGUUGUGAAUGGGGAGACUGGCCAAGCUGAGUGUCUAUGCAUGGAGCACUGCAAGCCGCAUUACAAACCUGUGUGCGGUUCUGAUGGAGAAUUCUAUGAAAACCACUGUGAAGUGCACAGGGCUGCCUGUCUGAAAAAGCAAAAGGUCACCAUUGUACACAACGAAGAUUGCUUCUUCAAAGGGGAUAAAUGCAAACCUACUGAAUACACUAAAAUGAAAAAUAUGUUACUGGAUCUGCAAAAUCGGAGAUACAUUGCACAAUCAAAAGAUAAAACCAUUGAUGAGAAAAUGGCUUUCAAGAAACUUCUUGUAGAUGAAAUGUUUAAUUAUUUUGAUUCAGACAACAAUGGACUUGUGGACACUACUGAAUUAUCUCAGGUAAUAAAACGGGAUGAGCUUGGCAAGGAUCUGUCUGACUGCUCUCUGUUCGAUUUGCUGAAAUACGAUGAUUAUAAUAGUGACAAGCACCUAGCUCUUGAAGAAUUCUAUAGAGCUUUUCAGGUGGUUCAGCUGAGUCUGCCUGAAGAUCAAAAACUAAGCACCACUGCAGCAACAGUGGGACAAAGUGCUGUCUUAAGUUGUGUGAUCCAGGGAACUCUGAGACCUCCCAUCAUCUGGAAGAGGAACAAUGUCAUUCUGAAUAGCUUAGAUUUGGAAGAUAUCAAUGAUUUUGGAGAUGAUGGGUCCUUGUACAUUACUAAGGUUACCACAACUCAUAUGGGAAAUUACACCUGCUAUGCUGAUGGCUAUGAUAAGCUCUAUCAAACUCAUAUUCUCCAAGUGAAUGUUCCACCAGUAAUCCGAGUCUAUCCAGAGAGCCAGGCAAGGGAGCCAGGUGUGACAGCUAGCCUUCGGUGCCAUGCUGAAGGUAUUCCCAACCCACAACUUGGUUGGCUGAAGAAUGGAAUUGAUAUCACUCCGAAGUUAUCCAAACAGCUAACUCUUCAAGCAAAUGGCAGUGAGGUUCACAUUAGCAAUGUGCGCUAUGAAGAUACGGGAGCAUAUACUUGUAUUGCAAAGAAUGAAGCAGGGGUGGAUGAAGACAUUUCUUCUCUUUUUGUAGAAGAUUCUGCUCGAAAGACCCUUGCAAACAUAUUGUGGCGAGAGCAAGGUCUGGGAAUUGGGAACAUGUUUUAUGUUUUUUAUGAAGAUGGCAUCAAAGUAAUACAACCAGUGGAAUGUGAAUUUCAGAGACAUAUUAAGCCUAGUGAAAAACUCCUCGGUUUUCAGGAUGAAGUUUGUCCCAAAGCAGAUGGAGAUCCUGUUCAGCGAUGUGUAUGGGCAACUGCUGUUAAUGUAAAAGACAAGUUCAUUUAUGUAACUCAGCCCACACUUGACAGAGUUCUUAUUGUUGAUGUACAGUCUCAGAAAGUUGUACAGGCAGUAAGUACAGAUCCUGUUCCAGUGAAACUACACUACGAUAAAUCACAUGAUCAAGUCUGGGUGCUGAGCUGGGGAGACAUGGAAAAGAAUUCACCAACUUUGCAGGUGAUAACACAAGCCAGUGGGAGUGUUUCCCAUCACACAAUCCAUACUCAACCAGUGGGAAAGCAGUUUGACAGAGUGGAUGACUUUUUCAUUCCAGCUACAACCCUCAUCAUUACCCAUAUAAGGUUUGGAUUUAUUCUUCAUAAGGAUGAGCCUGUGCUCCAGAAAAUUGAUCUAGAAACUAUGUCGUACAUCAAGACAAUUAAUUUAAAGGAUUAUAAUUGCAUUCCUCAGUCACUGGCUUAUACUCAUCUUGGAGGAUAUUUUUUUAUCUUCUGUAAGCCUGAUAGCACUGGGGCUGUCCUACCACAGCUCGUAGUGGAUAGCGUUACCGAUUCUGUGAUUGGAUACAAUGGUGACGUAACAGGCACACCACAUAUCUCUCCAGACGGACACUACCUUGUCAGCAUUGACGAUGCAAAAGGUCUCAUGAGGAUCCAGUCCAUAACAAUGAGAGGAGAAAUACAGGAUGCAUUUGACAUUCACACUAAUUUGCACAUAUCUGAUGUAGCUUUUCAGCCAUCAUUCACUGAAGCUCAUCAAUACAAUGUCUACUGUAGCUCCAGCACACAAACUGAUGUUCUCUUCGUGGAGCUCUCUUCUGGCAAGGUUAAGAUGGUGAAGAGUCUGAAGGAGCCUGUCAAGGCAGGCGAAUGGCCUUGGAACAGUAAGAACCGUCUUAUAAAAGACAGUGGCCUUUUUGGUCAGUAUCUCAUGACCCCUUCCAAGGAAUCUCUGUUUAUCCUGGAUGGACGGCUCAAUAAGUUAAAUUGUGAAAUCACUGAAGUUGAGAGGGGCAACACAGUAAUUUGGGUUGGAGAGGCAUAAGGAUCUCUGUUAGAUAUUUACCGAAUUAAUAGUUUUACAGUACAUUGCACUUAAAUUACACCAUUCUUCAAAUUUACACAAUUUUCAUUUUAAAUUGUUAGACCCUUCUGUACCUGUUAUUUCUUUGGCUUGAACACAGUUUGACUCAAUUUCCACAUAAAAAUUACUAAAACAACAGCUAUUUGAUAAUGGUACUUCUUAUUAAUUAUCAGCUGAGACUGUAUUGUUUGUCUGAAAUUACUAAAUAUUGAAAUUGAUGAUAAAUAUCAUACAUUAUUUUAAAGGAAUUAGAAUAAAAACCACAAAAAGCUUCAGGGAAUUUAAUAUGAUACUUUGCAUUUGUAAAUGAAAGACUUAAAUAUGAUUCAAAUUUUGGUUUGGUUUGCUUCAGACACAAAAUAAGAGCUGUUGUACAACCUUUGACUCCUUAAACUGAAAUGUUACGUCCUGUUCUGUCCAGUCCACUGUUAAAUCUUUUUGUGCCUUGAAGCGAAAGUCUCACAUGAAAGGUAAAGCAUAGAAAUUGUCUAAUUUAUUCCCACUGUGGCUACAGGAUUGCUUGCCAUUGGAAAGAAACUUUUGGUAUCAAAUUUCUAGUCUCAACUUGUGGAACAUACAUAGACAAAAAAAGCAGAAAUUAUAUUUGCAGUGUUUUCCGAUCACUGCAGUUUGAGGAGUUUAUUUUUAUGGUGAGUCUUAGUUGAGAGAGCUACUUGCAGAAGCUUAACCUUUUUUUAGAAAAAAAACAGAUAGUAGGUUUUGCAGCUAUCACAGGGUUUCAUCAGCAAGGAGUUUCAGUUCUACUAAAGAGAAACAUUGCACUUAUCUUUUCAGAGUAAACCACAUUCUAAAAACCUGGUAUCACAAAGCUUCACUUAUAUUGUUGAGAAAUCUGUUAUUUAAAAACAAACAAACAAAAAUGCAUUUUAAGAAACAGAAAAUGCAAAGAACUGAAGUCUACAACCAGUAGAUAACAUUUUUGCUUAUGCAUUGUAUCAUUGAUCCAUAUUUGUUAAACCAUUGGGUUAGCUCAACAGGUUUUCUAUUCCAUGCAUCCAAUUGGAUUAGUGCUAAUAACAAACAAACAAACAACAAAAAACUUUGUAUUUUUUAUAGUUUGUUUACUUAGAAUUCUAAUAUUAACAAUGGUUAAACAUGUAAAUGGGAACAAUAGGAUUCCCAGAAGCAGAAUAACAAGUCAGUAGGAUCAGAAAGCCAGCAGUAAACAACUAUCCAGACUUAGAGCAAUGACUUAAAAGUUUGGGAGUAUUUUUAUUUUUAUUAUGUUUUUGCUAAAGAAUGCUUAUAAGCUCUUAAACUGACCUCCAUUUACUGAAGGCAAUCAGAAAAAAAUAUCUUUUUUUAAACAAAAUUUUACUGCAAUUUAGAUUGUGUAAAAUUGCUUAGAAAUCUGGAAUUUUCUAGCAUUAUACUGUUGUGUGCAUUUAGCAUCCUGCCCUGUGUGGUACAGUAGAUCUCUCUUUAGCUUGAGCAAACCUCCUGGUAGGUAGAUUUAACUAAGAUAAGAGUCUGCUUACAUUUCUAGCUACGGAAUCUGUUUUCCUUUUCAACAACUUUUCUCCAUUGUGAACGAACAAGAAUCAUGUAAACUGUUACUUAUUUGCAGUAGUCUGUCUCAUGCAUUGUUAUUCUGUAACUUACAUCACGUGAAUGUUCUGUAUGUAGAAAAUGCUUGACAAAAGAAGAAUAAACCCCAUAAAUUUUAAACA